GGUGGGGAAACUUGUACCGUAGUGGGGUGGUAGCUUCAGUCAGUUCUCUAACGUUGUCCGGUUCCGUUGGUCUUGGAAGACAUGGAGGCCAUCGAUAUAUAUAAAAGUUUUGAAGGAGAAUCAAUAUUAGUGACGGGUGCGACUGGUUUCGUCGGGAAAGUGCUGGUGGAGAAGCUGUUAAGAACAGUCCCUCAAAUCCGACACAUAUACGUCCUUAUUAGAUCAAAGAAAGGCCAAUCCCCUGAAGAAAGGACAGCGAAAAUAUUUGAGGACCCGCUAUUUUCGGUGCUAGACAAGAUAGAGCCAAAAUGGAGAAGUAAAGUGACAACCCUGAAAGGAGAUUGCACGGCUCCCGAAUUGGGCCUAAGUCCAGAAGACAAGAGCCUUUUAAUAUCAGAGGUUGGUGUCGUGUUUCACGGUGCAGCUACUGUUCGUUUUGACGAAGAACUUAGAUCAGCCUUCAAUAUUAAUAUAAGGGGGACGAAGGAGUUGAUUUUACUAGCAAAGCAGAUGAAAUCAUUAAAGGCUUUGAUUCACAUUUCAACUGCUUACACUAAUUGUCAUUUGAAAAUAAUUGAAGAGAAAUUAUAUGAACAGCCAUAUGAAUACAACAAAUUGGAACAAAUGGUCGAUAACCUGGAUCCAGAAAUACUUCAAAAACUACUUCCCAAGAUUCUAGGUCCAUGGCCGAACACAUAUUCUUUCACAAAAGCAGUAGCUGAGCAUGUUAUCAAUGAUAACAGUGCAGGUCUCCCAGUAGCUAUAUUCAGGCCCGCCAUUGUUGUUGGUACCGCUUAUGAACCUCUGAUUGGCUGGACUGACAAUCUUUAUGGGCCCACUGGUCUUGUGGUGGGAGCUGGUUGUGGAGUUAUCCAUUCUGUCUAUGGAGAUGUAAAUGGCAAUGCAAAUUUAGUUCCUGUUGAUAUGGUAGUAUCUGCAAUCAUAGCUGCAGCAUCUAAGGCUAUACAGAGAGGAUCUCCUCCUGAAGGUUCAGAAGUUCCAAUUUACAACUAUGUUUCAUCAACUGAUAAUCCUUUGAAAUGGUCGGAAUUCAAAAAUUACAUUGAAUUGCAUGGUGACCCAGUGCCUCCUAUCAGAGCAGUAUGGUGUUAUUUCAUGACUAUUCACCGAUUCUGGAUUGCCCAUUUGAUAUGUACCAUGUUCCUCCAUUACCUGCCAGCUCUUAUAUUGGAUGCCUUUGGAAAACUCACCAAGUCUGACAUGCCCAGCCUAUUCAAUAUCUACAAGAAGGUGGAUAAGUACUCAGAAGUUAUAUCAUACUUCAGUAUCAGAAGUUGGACAUUCACAAAUGAAAACAUUAAAGCUCUAUGGAAAUCUUUGCCAGAUAAAGACAAACAGACUUUCAAUUUUGAUAUAGAAUCACUUGACUGGAACAAGUUCUUCUACACCUACAUUAGAGGUUUGAGGGUUUAUCUUUUAAAAGAUGAGAUGGACACGAUUCCAAAGGCUACUAUUAGGUGGAGGAGAUUUCAGAUGGCACACAGAAUAAUGAAGAUUGUGUUUAGUUUACUGGCUGUUCAAGCUGCUUGGUUUGUCAUAAGGUUUUCAUAUUCAUUAGUCAAUGCCUGAUAUUUCAGUUUAAUUAAACUUUUAUAUAAAAUUAAAUUUAAGAACUUUUAUAUCAACUCUUGUAUAUAUUGUAUUUAAAUAAAUAAAGUGAAGUUUAAAAAACAGAAACUUAAGAGUAAUUUUUUGUACAUAUGUGUGUCCAUUCUAUUGUGACAAGAAGAGUCAAUUGCUUAAUAUAAGCAAUUAUUACUAUCUAUUUAAAUUGUAUUAGUUAAACAUUGACUAGAAAUUUUAGAAAAAGAACAUAGGUUUUUUAUUUUAAACAUAAAAUGAAAUGUUAUGUAUUUGAAAUCAAUGGACAUUUUUAAUAAAACUAUUUGUUUUAUAA